AUGGGCCCCCGUUCCAGCCACAGCCAGAGUAGUGGUUGGGUCGGUGGUGGCCGCCUAGCCCUCGUUCUGCUCGGCUGUGGGACAGGUUUUCGUCCCACGGAAAACGUGAGGGGGUUCGCCGCUCCAGGUCACGAAAACCCGACGACGCGCAGCACGGCUUCGGACACCUCGCACACGGUCACAUUUGACCUCGCAUACCCGUCCCCGUCUCCCGAUUCCUCCGUGCGAUCCGCUCCGCGCCCACUCGUCCUCCGUCGCCCGCCGCGUCCGGCUGCGGCGACCCGACCAGCGUCAGUCGCCAUGACUACCUCAAGGCGUCUUGCUGAUAGGAAAAUAGCACGAUUUGAGAAGAAUAUCACAAAGAGGGGUGCUGUUCCUGAGACAGUCAAGAAAGGAAAUGAUUAUCCGGUUGGACCUAUUUUGCUUGGUUUUUUUGUCUUCGUUGUCGUUGGGUCAUCUCUCUUUCAGAUCAUAAGGACAGCCACAAGCGCUGGUCUAUUCUAAGGAGAAUGGUCGUCUCCUUAUAGGUUCUCGUUAGUCCAGCAACAAGGUUCAUAUAUGCAGUUUGUUACUUAGAAAGAAAAGUGUAAGGCAUAGCUGGUACUCUAUGAUGUUAACUUAUACUAUUGUACUGUGGAGAAUCUAAUUUAUAUAGAGUCAGUAUCUAAUAUACUGUCAACCUGUGUCACUCGGGUGAUUGGAA